UGCACUCUGAUCUCUUGUUAUCAGGGCAGUGCAGCUCAGCCCUACUCCUUAUCAGCCGUGUCAGAGCUCGCUUCGGCCAUGCUGAGCCUCUGUACAGCCUGUCCCUGCGUGCUACGGGGGCCAGACCCACAGCUGACGGCUUUAUGUGAGGAAGCGCUUUGAUAAAUGCUGUCACACGUGUGAACAAAGCAGCACUAGUUGUCAUAGGAUCACUGAAGAGAGCCAAUGUUGGACCUCAUUAUUCUGAGUGUUCAUUUCUUCACCUGCUUUCUCAUCUCUGUUUUGAUGUGGUGGGGAUCUAAGGACAUGGUUUUGCACAGCCCAAGCAAAGGAACAGUUGAAAUGGAGCCAGAUGAUCUUAUAUUAGUUGGAAAAGAAGAUGACAUAAAAAAGUCCCAAAGAAUAAUAGCCAAAGUCAAUGGCAGAGAAGUUGUUGUUUUCUACCAUGAAGGGAGAUUUUAUGUUCUGGACUCUCGCUGUUACCAUGAAGGUGGCCCUUUAUAUCUUGGAGAAAUAGAGGACAUUGAUGGUCAGACAUGUAUUAUCUGUCCUUGGCAUAAGUAUACAAUCACACUGGAAACAGGAGAAGGAUUAUAUCAAGGAAUAAACCCUUUGGAGCCAUCACCAACACCACGGUGGCAGUCAAAAGGAGUAAAACAAAGGAUUCAUAAAGUUACAGUAAAGAAUGGGAAUGUUUAUGUGAGUCCUCCAGAUAUGUCUGUAAGUUUUGACUCAGAUUAUUUUGCUGAGAAAUACAAAAAUGGUGGUGAUUUAGCUAUGAAAAAAUAAAGCAACUCACAAGUAGCAGAGCAAGUUUUGGAUAGAAAACAGAAUCCUGUUGAAUGUCUCUGUACAGAAUCACUGCUGUGAAAUGAAAAUAUAACAUGGCUGUCAAGAUUGUUUCCAGAUUAAAUGCUAAUGUUAAUAUAAUGAACUCAAUGUUGUAGAAAUCAGUAAGUAAGAUCUGCGUAGCUGGGGAUAUGACUGAUCCUGUGCCAGUGGUAUUUUGUUUUUACUUUGAAUUUCAAAGAGACUUAUUUGUAGCAGAACUCCUACAGUAUUUAAUAUUUUUUAAAUCAUCUUUUGCUAGAAUUAUUUUAAGUUUCAGGAGAUAAUGUGAUAUAUUACUACAUAUUAAACAUUUAUUAGUUCAAGAUAAAAAGUCUAGUAUAAAGGUUAUGUUCAUAUAUGCAACAGUUUGUACUUAGAAUGUCUUCUGUUUAACUGAUAUAGAAUGUUAUAAAUUUGUAGAUGUGUGAGAAAUUUCUGCAUUUUUUUGUAAAUCUAAAAGGCCAGAUUUUCAUAAGGAGAAGUGCAAAAUUUGAGCAAAUUUUGAUAUUCAUUUGUAUGCCUUUCUAUGCUAUUUCUGUGUUGCUACAAAAAUUUUAUGAAAGCAUUUAUUUGUCUUUUCUUUAUUGAACUCUUCUGGCAGUUCAUCAAAUAAUUAGACAUAUAUUUGUCAUGUGUAAAUUGUUCUUCCUGAUUCUAUUGUUAGCUAAGAAAGAAACUGUACAGUAAAAAAAGAGUGAUACAUAAGAUCAUGGUUCUUGUUUGUUUU